UUUAACAAAUUCUGUUAGUAAUUUCUCUCUCAAAUACUCUCUGUACCUUCGUCUUCUCCGUCUUUGUUUUUUCCUUUCUACAAAACCCUAGGGGUCAUCUAGACUACCAUGGCUAUCAUGGUAUCAGAGCAUGUAUAGAUCCUAGACCUGUGAACCUUGCUUCCGCAUCUCUUAAUCAAGAAAGGACGUACUCUGUUCAUGUCUUACUCUCAGAUCUAGUUAAUUGAAAACUUUGGAGAUCAUCGGAGCUCGAAUCAAGUAUAGUGCUUUGUGAAGACCUUCGUCUCUGCAUCUCAAGUGUUCGAUUGAAUUUUCAGGUGAAUCGCACUUGUUUUUGCCUCACAAUUUGUCAGAUCUGCGUUCUUGCUUUAUAUUCUGGAGCCACAAAAUAUGAACUAGCUGUUUCCUGGAGCAAACAUCUUUGUGAUUAUAUCAAUUGAGCUGUGCAUUGUGAUUAGUUGUGAAAAACAAAACUAGAGUAUGAUAAAGUGAAGACUUGAGUAAAAUUAGGCUGUGAAGUGUUGAUCUUUGUCAAUAUGAACAAAAUUCUGAGCAUAGUUAUAAGAAAAUUGAGCAUCAUACAAGAUUAGGUUAAGUGUUGAUCUUUCUCAAUAUGAACAAAAUUCUGAGCAUAGUUAUGAGAAAAUCGAGCAUCAUACAAGAUUAGGUUACCUGUAUAAGAGAAAUCUUGAUAUUGUUUCAAGAAGAUCAUUGUGCUAAUCACUGGUCAUAAUUUUCUUUGGAAGAAGUGAGCUUUCUGAAAGUAUAGUCAUGGUCAUGGCAUCUCAAUGCACCUCUGAACUUACUCAUGCUGAUGUACACUCAUUGAUGAGUGUCAUUACCAUUCGACUUGGUGAAAGAAAUUUUAUCAAGUGGAGCUUCCAGUUUCAAUCAACUCUUGCUGGAAAUGGACUCUUUGGUUAUUAUGAUGGUACAGAAAUACCUCAUCCUUGCUAUGUGCUCACUACUGAAGGUGAAGUCACUAGUGAAGAAACAUCUGCUUAUAAAGAUUGGAAACAAACUGAUAUGGCUCUCAUGAGUUUGCUUAUGGCUACUUUAGAUGAGGAUAUUGUAGAUGUGAUCAUUGGUUGCAGAACAUCAAGACAGGCCUAGCUUGCUCUUCAAGAACGUUUUUUUGCUGCCUCAAGAGUGGGCAUUAUGCAACUCAAGACUAAGUUACAAACCAUGAGGAAUUAAAGGUGGUGAGUCUAUUGAAAGGUAUCUGCAGAAAGUCAAAAAUGCUCGUGAUCAACUUUUGUCUGUUGGAGUAAGUGUUCCAGAAGAGGAUAUUAUCAUUGUGAUAUUGAAUGGUCUUCCUAAAGAAUACUCUAGUUAUUGAAAGCAGAGAAACACAGAUCACACUUCGUGAUUUAAGAUCACAGUUGCUUGCAGUAGAAAGACGCAUUGAAGGAAGCUUCUUGCUUAAUCCUACCAUGAGUGCUAUGAUAGCUCGUGGAGAAGAACCAAGGAAUGCAGGACAUGAGAACAGCUCUUGGAAUAAUAGAAAUGGGGGGAAAAUGAAGGAUGGAAGAAACAGUGGAGCUGGUGUUAAGUGUCAAGUAUGUGGCAAAAAGGGUCAUACUGUGGAUGCAUGCUUCAAAGGUCCAUAAAUGUCAGAUUUGUGGAAAACAUGGACAUCUUACUAUUACAUGCUAUCAGAAUCCUGAUUACAAACCUCAACAAGGCACUCAAGUGCAGUCCUCAAGCCUCAACAGUGGACUAUCUCCUGAAUGUCAAAUAUGCUCGAAGAAAGGCCAUACUGCCGCUAAUUGCUUCUAUAGAACUGAUGUUCCUGCUGGACAUCCAUCACUGUCUAUUCCUACCUGUCAGAUUUGUGGUCUGAAGGGUCAUGUUGCUUUGAACUAUUCUCACAGGACUAACUUUGACUAUCAAGGUUCUGAACCUCCUGCAUCUCUUUCAGCAUUGAUUGCACAGAAUAAUGGAAACGAUAGUGGGGUUUUUCCGCAGCCUCAUAUGGGAUACUUGUUGUCCAAUGAUACUUCUACAUCUCAUUUCCCUGGUGGUUUUUAUCCAAGUCCUGGAGCCUCAACUUCUGGUACAGGUGGUUCUUCAAGCAACACUGAAGUGUGGAUAGGAGAUUCUGGUGCCACUCACCACAUGACUUCUGAUAUGAGAAACUUGACCAUUGCUCAACCAUAUACUGCAGAUAACAAGAUCACUAUUGGGAAUGGGGCAGGACAAGGCAACAAAGACAAUUCUCUACCAAGGAAAGAGCAGUGAAGAAAGAUUGCUUCUCUUCAAGACACCACAACUUUCAGCAAUAAACCAACUGUCUCAUACUGCUUUGGUUGGAUCAGCUACAUCUCCUUCUGUUUGGCACUAACGAGUAGGCCAUCCUUCUGAACCUGUGAUGAUCAAGAUGCUCACUAGCUCUCAAAUAAAACCACCUAGUUCAGCUCCUAGUCAUGUGUGUUCAUUUUGCUUAGAAGGCAAGAUGCAUAGACUGUCAUUUCCAAAGUCUGAGUCACAUUGUACUGUACCUUUUCACAAAAUACAUUAUGAUGUAUGGGGAUCUGCACCAAAUCAGUAUAUAGAAGGUUAUAGAUACUAUGUGACAUUCAUUGACGAUUGUACAAAGUUUGUGUGGAUUUUUCCACUGUUCAUUAAAUCUGAGGUUCUCGCCA